AUGGCUCUGUGUUUGUCAAGGAAUCAAGCUGAUGUUGAUGCUAUUAUGCUGGAAAUUGAUGGAACUCCUAACAAAUCAAAACUAGGGGCUAAUGCAAUAUUGGGAGUUUCGCUGAGUGUAUGUAGAACUGGUGCAGGGGCGAAGGGAGUGCCCUUGUACAGGCACAUCCAGGAGAUUUCAGGAACAAAAGAACUUGUUAUGCCAGUUCCAGCUUUCAAUGUUAUAAAUAAGGGUAGUCAUGCUAGGAAUAAUCUGGCUAUGCAAGAGUUUAUGAUACUACCAGUUGGAGCAACUUCAUUUGCUGAGGCUAUCCGCAUGGGCAGUGAAGUUUAUCAUGUAUUAAAGGGAAUAAUCAAGGAAAAAUAUGUCCAACAUGCAUGUAAUGUUGAAGAUGAAGGAGGGUUUGCUCCCAAUGUUCAAGAUAACAGGGAGGGGCUUGUUUUACUCAUGGAUGCCAUUGAGAAGGCUGGUUAUGCUGGCUUUGGAAGCUGUUGA